CGGGCCAAAGGGCUCUCUACAGGGAAGUCAUGCUGGAGAUCUGUGGGAGCGUGGCCUCUCUGGAAGGUGAUCAGAGGAACAAGGAGGAUGAGGAACUGCAUCGUCUAUCGCCAGACGAAGUCAAGAAUGAAGACUUAAGACGAAACUUCAGGAAUCAAGGCAGACCCAAGACGCAAAAGGGAAACCAUGCAGUCGAAAAGAGGGAUCAGCCCAUUCCUUGCCAAGUAAUUCCCCUGAUGGAAGAAACGUACGAAUGCUUGGAGUGUGGAAUGAAUUUCUCAGAUCAAACCCAAUAUAAUAUCCAUUUGCGAAUGCACAGUGGAAAGAAUAUCCAUCAAUGCUUGGACUGUGGAAAGAGCUUCCUUUGUAGAGCUGAACUACUUAGACAUCAACAGACACAUACCGGGGAGAAACCUUUUGAAUGCUCAGAGUGUGGAAAGAAAUUCCGUCGGAGUAGCUAUCUGCAACAGCACCUAAGAAACCACACAGGGGAGAAACCUUUUGAAUGCUCAAAAUGUGGAAAGAGAUUGCGUGACAGUAGCAAUUUCCAGCGGCAUCUGAGAACUCACACAAAGGAGAAACGUUUUGAAUGCUCAGAGUGUGGAAGGAAAUUCAGUCAGCUUGGCAGUCUUCAGCAACAUCAAAGAACGCACACAGGGGAGAAACCUUUUGAGUGCUCAGAGUGUGGGAAGAGGUUCAGUGGGGCUGGCAGUCUUCAGCGUCAUCAAGGAAUCCACAGAGGGGAGAAACGUUUUGAGUGCUCAGAGUGUGGGAAGAGAUUCAGUCAGAGUGGCCAUCUGCAACAGCAUCUAAGAACCCACACAGGAGAGAAACCUUUUGAAUGCACAGAGUGUAAAAAGAGAUUCAGUUUGAGUGGCAAUCUUCAACAGCAUCUUAGGACUCACAACAGAGAGAAGCCUUUCGUAUGCUCCGAGUGUGGAAAUAGAUUCAGUCACAGAUGCAGUCUUCAGCAUCACCUAAGAACCCACACAGGAGAGAAACCUUUUGAAUGCUCAGAAUGUGGAAAGAGAUUCAGUCACAGAUGCAGUCUUCAACAGCACCUGAGAACUCACACAGGAGAGAAACCUUUUGAAUGCUCAGAAUGUGGAAAGAGAUUGUGUGACAGUAGCAAUUUUCAACGACAUCUGAGAACCCACACAAAGAAGAAACCUUAUGAUUGCUCAGAGUGUGGAAAGAAAUUCAGUCAGCUUGGUAAUCUUCAACAACAUCAAAGAAACCACACUGGAGAGAAACCUUUUGACUGCUCAGAGUGUGGGAAGAGGUUCAGUGGGGCUGGCAAUCUUCAGCGUCAUCAAGGAACCCACAGAGGUGAGAAACCUUUUGAAUGUUCAGAGUGUGGGAAGAGAUUCAGUCAGAGUGGCCAUCUGCAACAGCAUCUAAGAACCCACACAGGGGAGAAACCUUUUGAAUGCUCAGAGUGCCGAAAGAAAUUCAGUCGAAAUUGUGACCUUCAAAGGCACAUAAGAACCCACACAAAUGAGAAACCUUUUGAAUGCUCAGAGUGUGGGAAGAAAUACAGUCAAAGUUGUGACCUUCAAAAGCAUCAAAGAACCCACACUGGCGAGAAACCAUUUGAAUGUUCAGAGUGUGGAAAAAGAUUCAAUCGAAAUGGCAAUCUUCAGCACCAUCAAAGAAUCCACAAAGGGGAGAAACCAUUUGAGUGCUCAGAGUGUGGAAAGAAAUUCAGUUGGAGUGACCAUCUUCAUCGGCAUCAGGGAAUCCAUAGAGGGGAGAAACCUUUUGAAUGCUCAGAGUGUGGAAAGAAAUUCAGUCAGAGUAACAACCUUCUACAGCAUCAAAGAACCCAUACAGGGGAGAAACCUUUUGAAUGCUCAGAAUGUGGAAAGAGAUUCAGUCAGAGCAGCCAUCUUCACAAACAUUUAAGAACUCACACAGGGGAGAAACCUUUUGAGUGCUCAGAGUGUGGAAAGAGAUUCAGUCAGAGUGGCAAUCUCCUAUUGCAUCAAAGAACCCACACAGGGGAGAAACCUUUUGAAUGCUCAGAGUGUGGAAAGAGAUUCAGUCGGAAUGACAAUCUUCAACAGCAUCAAAGAACCCACACAGAGGAGAAACUUUUGAACGCUCAGAAUCUGGAAGGACCUUCAACAGAAUCUAAGAACCUACACCAAGGAAAAAUGUUUUGAAUUCUCAGCGUGUAGAAAGCAUCUACAAACUCAGACAAAGGAGAAUCCAUUUUAAUGUUCAUAGUGUGGGAAGGGAUUCAGUCAGCAUGGCAGUCUUCAAGAGCAUCAAAGAACCCACACCAACAGAAACCAUAUAACUGUUUAGCUUAUGUAAAGUGCUUUUGCAUCUGCCCAGAAUCCUUACCCUAACCUGGAAGAAAUGAUAGAAAUAUUCAGACUGGAGACAGAGCUCAAACAGAUCUCACGGGGAAGAAAGGAUAUGUUCUGAGGGUGGGAGGAAAUUCAAGGUCAGCCCAUAUCUCCUUAACCAUUGCGGAAUCCACACAGGGGAGGAACCUCAUAAAUACUUAACUGUGUAGCAAGCGCUUGAGGCAGAGACCCAAGCAAUGUUCCCUCUAAGCUGUGGAGUAUUGUGACCAAAUUAC